AAUUUUUUGUGUUAAUACAGGAUAAUGAGAGCAGAGAGAAAAGGGCACGACCAGAGCAGGGCACGCAAGCGAAGGCCUCUUCUGCAGUGGCUAAGAAGACGGACAACAGUGACAUGAAUGGAUUGUGCGAGUGCAAGUUUCUUUGGUGUAAAAACUGAAAACUUGGGAGCUCAUGUUACUAUUGAGGCUCUACUUAUAGAGAAAGUUUUAAUUUUUAUUGUUCUCAGUGGUGAGAAAUGUGAAUGGAAUCCACAGAGAGAGAGAGAGAGAGAGAGAGAGAGAGAGAGAGAGGGAUGAGAUUUGAGGCGGUUGGGUUGGGAUGGGAUUGGUGGGUGAAUGCGAUUCGUCAAAAGCCAUCUGUUGGUUAUUUUAUCUUGAAGAUCAAGACACAGCUGCACCUGCUGCUGCUAAGCAAAGGGAUUGGUGGCAUGUGGCUGCUUGGUUUUGGUUUUAUCAGAGAAAAAAACUCAUCAGUAAUCAAAAGCCCACAUGCAUCCAUCCAUCCAUCCAUUCAACUUUGAUGUUAUCCACAGACACCGCAGAAAAAAGAGGCCUGUUUUCUCUCUCUCUCUCUCUCUCCCUCUUUCAUACGUUCUACUUAUAUAUAUUAUGCAUUUAUCCAUUAUUUUAUUCUUCAUUUUUAAAUCCAAUUCAUGUCCUGUACACUUGUAAAUCAUCUGCUGUUGUCCUUCUAAGUUACACAGAAUUUCAUGUAAAUUUUUCCUUCUAAAUGUUUCUGCUUGGUUGAGAAUUUGCUGGUAUAUCUGUCUGCUUAUUGCUCCAAGAUUGAGUUGGUUUUGUAUGUGUAGCUUCUAUUGAUUUUCUCUGGUGGGCUAUUUGUUCAAGUUAGAGGCUUUACUUAUUCAACAUUAGCCACUGAGUUAAAGAUUUGCAACUUUGUUUGGGAAAAUGGUAAACUCAUUCAUACCUCCUAUUGAAAUGAUUAUUUUAUUUUGUGACGUGAGUGCUUGCGUAGCUGGUUAUAUGUUUUCCUCCCAUCCAUUCUGCCCUAUGUUUGUUUGGAUUUUUUUUCUUUUCUAAAUUCUUUUAUGGCAACAGACUUGGCUAUGUUCCAAUCAUGAAAUAAAACAAAAUUCUCUUGUAAAAAAUAAAAAAGUUCAGUUGUUGUAACACUGUGUCUUUGGCAUAAUUAAAGACUUCUACUUUUAUUUAGCUAACAGAUUAGAGAGUUAUUGGUUUUCAGUCUUGAAAAUUUAGAUGAAACUUGCUGCCACACUACCUGUUUACAAUGUUGCUCUGCAUAUAGUCUAAGCAGACAUUUCUGACAGAGUCAAAUAAUGCAUGGAACUAUUUGAACAGCUAUGAUGGUGUUUUCCCUUUCUUUGGGGAUUGAUUCAACCAUUAUAUAACUUCUAGUGCUAAAAAAAUUUGCCCCCAAUCUGCACCACGGUAUUUAGAUUAGAACAGACAUUGUCUGCAUGAAUUUCUGUUUUAGGUCAGUUUAUUUAUCCUAAGAUCCAUUCUUGAUUUGUUUAUGCAUACACAAGCAAGUUAUUAUCUUCUCUAGACAUCAUUUUCACUAUCAUUGCUUCCUGUAAACUCUGCUAUGAGCCAUGCCUCUGUCACCACCAAUUAGAUUAAAGAAUGGCAGUGAAAAAGUAGAUUAGAAAAGGCAGUAACAAAAGGAAAGGGAAACAAGAAAAGAAAAGAAAAAAACUAAUAAUUUGAGGGAAAGGGCUUGAGGGAGAGAGAAGGUGGACGGUAUGGAGCAUUUCUGUCUUUAACAUGCUGUGGAAUGCCUUUGCAAAAAGCCAAAAGGUCCAAGUUCUUUGUUUCAUCAACAGACUCAAAUCCUUUUGAACAACUUGUUUAAACAGAACAUUUGGAUGGUUUCCUUUUCUCACUAAAACUAGAAUUUAUAAUAGAAGGUCACAGCAGUAAUGGGGAUUCUUCUGUCAGUCCAUUGUAGGCUUUUGCUGACGUUUUUAGAGCCUGGUCCCGUUUUACUUACGGACAACAUACUAGAACACCAUAUUCAAUUUUUUUAUGCCUCAAAUGUCCUCUCUGUCUUGAGUAAUUACUUACCAGUCGAUCAGAAAAUUGAAACCCCAAAGAUCAUCCAGUAUUUGAAGGAAAAUUACUGCUAUCAAUUGAAUUUCUGUGUGUAUGUAUGUGUGUGUUUUUUUUUCAUUUUCUUGUUGCUGGUGUAUGAUAUAAGCUAAGCAGUACACUUCUUAUUUCCUGCUAGGCAUAUUUAUUGGCACACGUUAUACAACAAUUGUUUAAGGGGUGACUGUGAGCUGUGGCUUACACAUAUAUUGGGUGAAUUUAUGUCCUGGUGUUGCAUGCAUGCCAACUCCAUCUGUUAUCGUUUUACAUGGACAAUCUUCCAAAAUAUCUAAGAAUCAAUUUGAGAAAAGUAAAUAUUUUCAGCGAGCAGGCUAUGUUGAAUAAUGUCCUAGUUGUACACGGCAAAUAUCAUUGCACAAAAGAUAUGGUUGAAGUUGUAUGGCAUUAGUUUUCACACUAGACUUUGUUCUGUUAGGCUUUAUCCAUUUACCAUGAGUUGGUUGACUCUAUUUUAGUACUGAAUUAAAUGAGAACACGCAUGCUUAAUACUGAAUUAAAUGAGAGCACGCAUGUUUAAUAUUUUUCUUUCUUUUUUCUUUGUGGUGAUUUGAAUGUAGGAUAUAAUUUUAAUUCUAUAAAUUUCAUGUCACUUGAGUUAAAAUUCACGAACUACUUAAUUUAAACACCGUGUUAUGUCACUUAAGGCAAGACUUAUGCCCUACUUACCAAUUGAAUUCGCCUUAUAUAAAGUCAAUUGGUGAAGUAACAAACCUUAUAGAACUUGAUUGUUUUUCAUUCUUUUUUCUUUACGAUGAUUCAACUAUAAGAUAUUUAUCGUACUUCUAUUAAUUUCAUGUCACUUGAGCUAAAAUUCAUGAGCUACUUAGUUUGUCACCGUUAUGUCACUUAAGACUUCUAGCCUACUUACGAGCAGAAUUUUCAUUAUAUAAAGUCAUUUUUUGAAGUAGACAAGCCUUAUUAAGAUUAGAACCAGAGUGUUUUCCUAUUUUUAGUUCAGGCAGGGGGAAGAGAAAGCUUUGUUUUUUUUUUUUUUUCUGAAGAUCUGCAGGCAAUAGGAAGUUUUGUUCUUCAAAAAGAGGCUAACAUGUCUCUUUAGUGCUAAUUACAGUUGAAUAAAAGAAGGAAAACUUUUAUUAAGGUCAACCUUCCUAACUGCCCAUUUAAAGCUUGUAAUAAAACUGUAACAAAUGAGGUUUGCCAAAUCAGAGAAAAAUCCAAAAAAAUUUAAAAACCCUAGACUGUCCCCAGCUAUUUAUAACACCCAAGAGGCCCUCCGGAGAUCAACCUGUGCUUAUCUGCAGUGUACUUUGUUCUUCAGAAUACAGGAAAACCCCAUGAUUCUCCCAACCCACCCACCUCUUUCUACAUUCCAGUUACACCAAAAUUGAGAGAGAGAAAGAGAGAUGAGGCAGGGUCGAUCCUCAAAGCAAGAGACCAAAGACUUAAUGGAAUUAGGUAAACUCAGUAAGCUCAAAGAGGAGCCUCAUCAUCUCUCUGGUGCUUACAUCCGUAGCCUAGUGAAACAGCUCACCUCUUCAAGAACCAAAGACCCCAUGAACCCCAAUAAGGACCUAGACUGUGAUGCUUUGCCCAACCAAAACAUGGCCAAAUUUGGUGAAGGUUUUAUUGAAACCCAACAACAUACACAGCAACCCCACCAGCCCCAACAACACAAAAAACAAGUGAGGCGGAGGCUUCACACAAGCAGGCCUUACCAAGAGAGGCUUCUAAAUAUGGCUGAGGCUAGGAGAGAGAUUGUUACUGCCCUCAAGUUUCAUAGGGCAGCUAUGAAACAAGCCAGUGAACAACAGCAACAACAACAUCAGGACCAAGAGCAACAGCCACAAUCACAACAAUUGCAGCCUCAGCCCCACCCUUGUUUUGAACAAGAAGGGAGAACUAAAUCUAGGAGAAAUCCUAGAAUUUACCCAUCAAGCACAGCCAAUUAUCCUGAAACUCUGCCCUUCCCAUCUGACUUUUCUCAUCAUCAAUAUCCCUCUGUUCCAAAUCCAUAUUCCUGGACUGCUUCCACAAUUGCUCUUCCACCUGAAAAUUUUGAUUUCACACUUCCAAACCAGACUCUUGGCCUGAACCUCAAUUUUCAAGAUUUCAACAAUAUAAACACUACCCUUUACCACAGCAGCAACAGCCCACCAUUUUACUCAACCUCAGCCUCAUCUCCAUCAUCAUCUUCUUCCCCAGGUCUCUCUGUUGCUACUGAUCAGGAAAUUCCUGGCUCAGCUGCAAUUUCACAGAUGGAAGUGGAGGCUCCUGCAGUGACUGAUGUCACUGACUCUGGCAUCACAAUCAGUGGUGGAGGAGGCUUGCAUGCAGCAAUGGAUGAUGAGGAGAUGGCAGAGAUCAGAUCAAUAGGAGAGCAACACCAGAUGGAAUGGAAUGACACCAUGAAUUUGGUAACGUCAGCAUGGUGGUUUAAGUUCUUGAAGACCAUGGAACUUGGGGGUCCAGAAGGCAAGCCUGAAGAUGAUAAUGUGUGGUACCAUCCAUUUGAUGAAGCCAUGGAAUUUCCAGCCUGGUUGAGUGCAAAUGAGAGCUGUUUUCAACAUCAUUUGAAUGAUUACUACUCAGAGGACUAUUUUCAAGAUCCUGCCUUGCCUUGCAUGGACAUUGGAGAAAUUGAAGGUAUUGAUGGGGAGUGGUUAGCUUGAGCAUGACAAGGAUUGAUGUUUUUUUAGUGAAUCAAAUCUUUGGCUCUUGUUCUUUCUUUAUUAAUUCUUUAAAUAUUUUUUCUUUUCUUUUUCUUCUAGUUUCCUUUUCAUCUUUGAGGACAUAAUAAAGGCUUGCAAAAAAUAUAUAGCAGGCAGGCGAUAGAGGAAAAUAAUGAAGGAAGAGAAGGGAGUGUGCCUUGUCUCCUUUCUCAGCUUGAUAGAUUGAGAAACUUUUACAAAGCUUUCCUCAAUAUUUUUAAGUUUCAGGGAUUUGCUUCAUAUGAUAUUUGAGAAUAUUUGAUUUCUAUCAUACAGCUUUCAGUCAAUGAUUGAUGAGAAAAAAAAAAUAAGAAUUUGAGAAUUUUGUCUGCUUCUACAAAUAAAAAUUGUGAUGAGGACUCACAAUUUGGCUCUCCUAGUUGUAUUUCUGUUCUUUAAGCAGAGUUCAUGUGGAUUGAAUUUGAACCACAUUUGCAGGACAAAUUAUAAAUAAUGUAACUCACAGUGUUCCAUACAA